AUGCGCGCGCUGGUGGCCUGUCUGGCGGUGGCGGCGGCGCUGACGGCGCCGGUCGCCGCGGACAGGUUCCGCACGGUGCUGGUCGGCGGCCAGCCCGACUGGGCCGCGGCCGGCGGCGACCAGGGCUGUGACAUCUGCGGCAGCGGCGGGGGUCACUCGGGCGGCGGCGGCGGCUACCGCACCUCCUCCCACAGCAGUCGCUACACGAGUUCCGGCCAGCUGGCGCCGCGCUACCGGCCCGGCCUGCUCGGCCGCAGCGGCGGCGGCCAGCGGCGCACCUACCACUUCUCCAGCGAGGAGUCCGAGUACACGUUCAGCAACGGCACGCACAGCACCACCAUCACCAGCAAGCGCUCCAGCGAGGGCGUGCCCCAGUUCCACCUGCGCAUGACGCGGCUGGCCGACGGCGCCGUCAUCGAGAGCGCCGUGCUCUCGGAGGCCGAGUACCGCCAGCGGCGCGCCAGCCUCGGCCUCACCGGCUCCGACGGCAGCUUCGGGUUCGAGUCGCUGGGCGGCGGAGAGCUGCACGGCCUGAGCUCGCGCCGUCUCUCGGGCGAGGACCUACUGACGGAGAUGGAACGGCGGCUGGCGCACCGGCGCGGCGGCCACGGCCGGCACUCGACCACCAGCUUCUCCAGCGAGGAGUCGCACUACUCGUUCAGCAACGGCACGCACACCACCAGCAUCACGGGCCGCCGGAACAGCGAGGGCGUGCGCGAAGCAUGGUCGGCGGGGCGCGGCUUCGACGACGUGUUCGACAUCCACGGCGUGCGCGGCUCCGGCGCCAGAUUCGACUCGCGCUUCGACUCGCGGUCCGACUCGCGGUCUGACUCGCGCUUCGACUCGCGGUCCGACUCGCGGUCGCGGUCCCACUCGGAGUUCGGCUCGGACUCUGCUGAGUCGGAGUACGGCUCGCGGUCGGGCGGCCGGCGGCCGACACACGGCGGGUCCUCCGGGUCCCGCUCCACAUCAUAUUUCCGCGAGGAGCGCACCGAGACGCGCCGCGAGGAGGGCGCCGAGAGCUGCGCCUGCGUGCCCCGCUCGCGAUGUCUGUACUCGGACCGGGUGGUCUCGGCGGCCGCGCUGAGCCGCUGCCGGGCCGACGAGGUGUGCUGCCGCGAGCAGCGGCCACUGCUGCCACGGGUGACCACCGACUACCCGCGGCCGGCGCCCACCGAGCCGAGCCGAGUGCGCCGGCCGCAGGCCGAGCCCCAGGUGCGCGAGGAGCCCGCCUGCAACUGCGUGCCGCGCGACACCUGCUCCUACCGCGAGCGCGACUUUUCGCUGGCCGGCCUGCAGAAGUGCCGCCGCCCGAUGGUCUGCUGUAAGCGGCAGCUGGUGUCCCAGCCGUACCAGCCGGCCACGGAGCCGGCUCCGCUGCUGCCGACGCCGGCCCCCGUCUCCCGGCACACCACCCCCGACCCGGCCUUCGUGCAGCGCGAGCGCGACCUGUUCCGGGACAUUGUGCAGCACGUGGACACGGACGAGCGGGCGCCCGUGCAGCGGCCGGUCGACCUCCGCGGCCUGCAGAGCUCGCUCUCGCGGUACGAUGACGCCAGGGACGUCUCCGGCGGCCACCGGCGCUCCGAGGUGAGCCGCACCGAGCACUCGCGCACUGAGACCUCGGGCGCCGCGCCGCUGCCGGCCGUCACCGGCGGCCAGACGAGCAGCACGCGCCACUACAGCUACCGCAGCCGCAGCUCCUCCGGCGAGCAGCUGCCCGAGCCGGCGGACCCGCGCCGGCCGCUCUACCCUGCCGACGGCAGCGCCGGCCACAGCCGCCGCACCCACUCGUACGAGAGGACCAGCUCGGGGUACGGCGGCGCCGGCGCCGACCUGCUGUCCGGCGCCCACGGCUCCGGGUACACGGACAAGGAGGACUCUGCCGAGCAGAGCGGCUCGCGGGUCAUCUCCAGCCGCCGACACUACUCAGAGCGGCGCGUCGUCUCCGGAGAGGACAGCGGCGAGCAGGCCACCACGGGCGGCUACCCGCGCUACCCGGACCGGCCGGUCGACCUGCCGGGCCCGCAGCUGGACUCCUCCAGCAGCUCGCGCCACUACUCCUACCGCAGCUCGUCCAGCUCGACCUCGUCCGGCGAGCAGGGCGACGCAGCGCUGCUGGCCGGCGGCGCCGGUCUGCGCGGCCAGCACGGCGCCCGGCCGGAGCUGACCAGCUCCUCCCGGCGCUACUCGGCCCAGCACUCCACCUCGGGCGGCGGCGGCGGCGGCGGCGGCGCGGGCCUGCUGGCCGGCGGAGACGCGGGCCUCUCCGGCGGCGAGUCGGUCACCUCGUCCCGCCACUACUCCGAGCGGCGCGUGGUGUCCGGGGACGCCGACGGCGAACUGGGCCUGUCCGGCGGCGACCUGGGCCUGUCCGGCGGCGACCUGGGCCUGGCGGGCGGCGACCUGGGUCUGUCCGGCGGCUCCUCGGGCGGCUACUCGAGCGGCUCGAGCUACCGGUCCUCGUCCUCCUGGUCCUCCCGCUCUGAGAGCGGCUCCUCGGGAGGACUGGUGCCGGCCGGCGGCGGCUCCCACCAGUACCCAGCCGGCUCCGCGGGCGGCAGCGGCUCCAGCUACCGCUACUCGUCCAGCUCUCACUCCUCGCAGGCGGCGCCGCUGGAGUCGGGCUCUAGCUACUGGCGCAGCUACUCGCAGCAGUCGCAGCGUCACCGGCGCGGCUGGACCGACCUGUUCACCGGCCGAGACGAGACGCCGCGCGCCGCCGCCCAGGCCGGCGACAGCUGCGUCUGCGUGCGCUUCGACCGCUGCUCGGACGGCAACCUGCUGCACCACGGCGCCGACCUGCUCGACUUCAGUAUCGGCUCCCGGAAGCAGUGCUCCGGGUUCCGGGUGUGCUGUGACACGCCGCCGGAGGUGCUCCGUCAGCUGGAGUCCACUCCGGGCCUCCGGCCGGGCGUGGUCACCUCUGUGCCGACCGCCGAACUGGAUCUGGCCGGCCGCUCCUCGCCGCUGGCGCCGCACGUCGCCAGCUCCCGGCCCUGCGUGUGCGUCUCCUCGUACCUGUGCCAGGGCGGCCAGAUCGGCGCCUCGCAGCAGCUGCUCGUCGACAUGCGCCAGGUGUCGCAGACGGGACGCUGCAGCUACGACGGACAGGUGUGCUGCGCGGUGCCGUGGGCCCAGGUGCAGCCGACGGCCCCGCCGGCGCCAUGCAGCUGUGUGCCCGGAAACCAGUGCCGCCAGCAGGACAUCCUCACCCGCUACACCAACGUCAACGCGCCCACCUGUCCCGGCACUCAGGUGUGUUGCUCCCGUCCGCAGUCGGGCGGCCCGGCGGUCCGUCCGCCCGCCAGCAGCCUGGACCGUAUCGAGUACGACAUGUACCGGUUCUGCAAGUCGUACCCGCUGAGCGUCGCCUGCUCCAGCACUCACCAGUUCAACGUGCUGCCGGCUCUCCGUCCUACGCCGUACUUCGACGCUGAGCGAGACGCCAGAGCGCUGAACGACGCGUUCGGCCUGUUCGGAGUCGACGACGACGUCCUGAUCGGUAUCCUCACCAAGAGGACAUUCAAGGAGCGCGCCCUCAUCAAGCAGGCCUUCGCGCGGCUCACGGGCUCGAACCUGGCGGACAAGAUCGAGAGGUACUCGACGGGCAACUACGAGGACCUGAUGGUGGAGCUGCUGGACGGCGCCUCCAUGGAGGAGUACCUGGCCAAGCGGCUGCACGAGGGUAUGGACCGGCUGGGCACCGACGAAGACGUGGUGCUCGAGACACUCAUCAGCAGCACCAACCAGGAGAUCGCCGCCAUCAAACCCUACUUCUACGCAGAGUCCGGCCACACGCUGGAGGCCGACAUUGCCGACGACUUCUCCGGAGACUUGGAGGACAUUCUGGUGGCUCUGGCCAACGGCACGCGCGACAGCAGCUUCACCGUGGACCGACGGCGGGCCCGCGAGCAGGCGGCCGCCCUGCGCAGCGCAGGUGAAGGGCUGGGCACCAGUGAGGAGACGUUCAAGUACUAUCUAACCCACGAGAACUACGCCCAGCUGGCGCUCAUUUUCUCCGAGUACGAGCAGCUCGCCGGCGAGACGUUCGAGGACGCGCUGGAGGACGAGUUCAGCCGGCACACAGAGGACGCCGUACUGGCCAUCGUGGAGGUGACCAGGAACCUGCCGGCCUAUUUCGCCGGCCGGCUGUACGACGCACUGUGGGGCCGCGGGGUGAUCUCCAAGGACGACUCGUCUCUGCGGCGGAUCAUCAUCUCGCGGGCCGAGCGGGACCUGGGCUCCAUCGCGCAGGAGUACCAGCGCCGCUACGGCAACUCGCUCAAAGACGAUAUCGAGACCAAGUCCACGUCCGACUAUGAAGACGCACUGGUAUCGCUGAUUGGCGGCUAGCCGUCAACUGUCCACUGCUGAUGUGAUAUACCGGACGGGCCGCCGGACGGGGCCGGUAUGUGGACCGGCCGGCGGCCACGGGUGACCCGCGGGGCGCCCCAGACAGAGGCGCCGGAGUCGGAGAGAGGACCCGGGUGUGCUCAGAGGGGAGGGAGCUGUACUGACAGCCGUGAACACUGACUGUAUAAAGUGGUAUUGUGACAAUAUACAAUUGAGACUGUA